AUGAAUCUCCUACUUUCAGAUGAUUAUCUCCUGCAGGACUACCCUGAGAACAUCACAAAUACUAUUCGAUCGGGACAUUCUACAUGCUUACGGUUUAAUCGCAACGGCGAUUUUCUCGCCUCAGGUCGUGUGGACGGCACGGUGGUGGUUUGGGACCUGGAGACGAUGGGAGUUGCGCGCAAGCUGAGGGGACAUUCUAAGAGCAUCACGUCAUUGAGCUGGUCAAGAUGUGGCCGUCACCAGUUUGUCGCCUCCAUUUUUGAGGAUCAGCCGUUCCUGAUCGACGUGACGGACCCCGUCGAUGUCAAGCAUCCCUUACCUUCGAGACCAAAGCGACCCGAGAGCGAUGGUGCUUCACAGAAGGAGAAGUGGGCGAAGGAAGAUGCGAAGCAGAUGACGACAGUCACCAUCUAUACUUCGACAGGAGACCACAUAUUGGCGGGCACCAGUAAAGGCUGGAUCAAUAUUAUCGACUCGAGCACUCUUGAAGUCAUCUUUUCCAGGAAGGUUUGCACGGGCAUUAUCACCACCCUGCGGUUGACACAAUCCGGAAAAGUCCUUCUUAUGAACGCGCAAGAUCGAAUCAUCAGGACCUUGCACGUACCGAACCUAGCUGCGCCAGACUUGGACCCCGACACGAUUCAACUACCAGAGGAGCACAAAUUCCAGGACGUUGUCAACAAGCUGUCUUGGAACCAUGUCACGUUCAGCGCGACGGGAGAAUACGUAGCAGCGUCGACGUAUAACAACCACGAACUGUACAUUUGGGAAAGAGGCCACGGCUCGCUAGUGCGAAUGCUCGAAGGGCCCAAGGAGGAACAAGGAGUGAUAGAGUGGCAUCCCCACAAGGCACUCCUGGCUGCGUGUGGCCUGGAGACUGGUCGCAUCAACAUCUGGUCCGUAACGAGUCCACAAAAGUGGUCGGCACUGGCACCAGACUUUGUCGAGGUCGAGGAGAACGUCCAAUACCAGGAAAAGGAGGACGAAUUUGAUAUCCACCCGCAGGAGGAGCUGACCAAGCGGCGGCUGGACCUAGAGGACGAAAAUGUCGAUGUCUUGACCGUGGACCGACUGAAUCAUGAUCUCGAGGAGAGCUCAUUCCGCAUGCCGGUCCUCUAUAACCUCGGCGAGUCAGAUAGCGAGGAAGAGUUCAUCGCGGUUUCGGCUGGAACGAUGCGGAGGCGGAGCCCGAGCGAAGCACAGGGAGACGGUGAUGGCGCAGAGGACCGGGCCUCGAAUAGGAAGACGGCUGCCGGAAGGGGACGAGGAAGGCGGAAAGCAGGCCAGUGA